AUGGCGAUCCGUACUUAUAACGCACGUACACUUGCAUCGGAAGCGGCCAUCGAAGAUCUGAUGAUGCAAGCCAAGAAGAUCAAGUACGACGUCAUCGGACUGACCGAGACGAGACGACGUCACCCUCUCAACGCCGUAUAUGAAACUGGAGAAGAACUGUUCUUAGGAACAUGCGACAGUAGAGGUGUUGGUGGAGUUGGCGUCCUCGUCAACACGAGUAUGACAAAGAACAUCGACUCUUUUGAACAACUUACGACCCGAAUCGGACGUCUGCGGAUGAGAAGAUGUGGCCCAAUACCAGCUUUGACUAUCUUCGUCGCUUACGCUCCAACAUCAAGCUACGAAGAAGAAGAAGUCGAAGCUUUCUAUAUGGACCUGGAGAAGUUCUACCAAGAAGAUCAUGCCUUCUACAAGGUCAUAAUUGGCGAUUUCAACGCUGAGAAGCCCUCCUCUCUACGCUGGACGUGGGAGUCUCUCGGUGGAGGGUACUGUAAUGAAAUAGACCACACCAUCGUCAAUAAAAGGUUCUGCCUGACGGACGUCGGUGUUGUACCAAAGUUCUAUACGGGAUCGGACCAUCGCCUCCUCCGAGGAAGAUUUUCUUUCACAAGGAGAGCAGAGAAAGCCGCCAAGUUCAGAGAGAGAAAUCCCAGGACUACCAUCAACUGGGAUCUCUUCGCUACGCUAGCCGACUUUUGGGAAGAUUCCGCAAUGGACAACAUCGACGAGGAAUAUGACCGGCUUGUUGAACACCUUCACGACUGCGCGAAGGAGGCUGAGAGUUUUAAAACCACUAGGAGGCUCCUGUCUCUUCAAACUCGUGAGCUGAUACACCAGCGUGGAGCAGCACGAGCCGCAGGAAACCAAGAACUCAUGUCUGAGCUCGCAAGGCUUUGCCGAGAGGCGAUAAAGGAAGACCUUAAAGAGAGAAGAGCAGAAGUGCUGGCUGAAGCUGCAGAGGCGGGGAAAAGCCGCUAUGCCCGUCGAGACUUCGCCAGUCGCAAGACGAGGAUGACUGCUCUCGGGAACCCAAAGGAAACAGCCAUUGCAUCGAGAAGGGGGAUGGAGAAAAUCAUCUACGACUUCUACUCUGAUCUUUUCAACAGCCAUGUCCACUUGCCUUCUCACCAUCUGAGGGAAGAUGGACAAGUCAUUCCAGAAGUUCUCCCGUCCGAAAUACGACAUGCUAUCAUGUCGGUAAGAAAUCGUACUGCACCCGGUCCCGACAGAAUAAGACCAGCACACCUGAAGAGCCUUCCGCCAGUACUCAUCAACACCCUGGCGAGGCUCUUUACACGUUAUCUGUCGGAGCCAUGCGAGCAAGCAGCGUUUCGAAAAGGAUUCAAGUACAAGAUGACGCUCUGUAUCACCUUCAUCGACUUAAAGAAGGCCUUUGACUCGGUUGAGACGGAAGCGAUCGUGGAAGCCUUGGACAACCAAGGCAUCCCUACUCAGUAUAUAAAGGUACUUCGAGAGUUGUACAGUAACUUCACGACUGGAAUCUCGCCAUUCUACAAGAACAUCAUCAUUGACGUGAGGAGGGGGGUCCGACAGGGUGAUACAAUUUCACCCAAAAUAUUCACAGCCACCUUCGAGAACGCAAUGCGAAAGUUGGAAUGGGACGACAUGGGAGUGAAGGUUGAUGGUCGGCAGCUACACCAUUUGCGCUUCGCUGAUGACAUCGUACUGAUAACACCUAGCAUCAGUCAAGCGGAACGAAUGCUAACCGAAUUCGACGAAACAUGUGGAUGCAUCGGUCUUCAGCUGAAUCUACAAAAGACGAUGUUCAUGCGGAACGGAUGGGUCUCGGAUGCCCCAUUCACGCUCAACGGAACGAACAUAUCCCAAUGCGCCAGCUACGUUUAUCUGGGUCGGGAACUGAACAUAAUGAACGACCUGACCCCCGAGCUGGGCAGGAGGAGACGAGCGGCUUGGGGAGCGUACAAGAGCAUCGAGGACGUAGUGAAGAAGACCAAGAACACCCGGCUCCGUGCUCACCUCUUCAACACCACCGUACUUCCUGCUUUGACCUAUGUUUCGGAAACCUGGGAAUUUCGCAAGCAGGAAGAAAACGCGGUGAGCGUCAUUGAACGCGCAAUUGAGAGAGUGAUGCUAGGAGUAUCCCGUUUCACGAAAGUGAGGGACGGGAUUCGAAGUUCUCUCCUACGUCAGCGAUCGAAGAUUGGAGACGCCGCCGCGUUUGCCAAGGAAAGUAAAACAAGGUGGGCCGGACAGGUGAUGCGCUUUGAUGACAACCGUUGGACCAGAGCCGUGAGCGACUGGGUUCCCCGCGAUAUUAAGCGCACUACAGGAAGACCGCCGACCCGAUGGUCAGAUUUCUUCACGAAGUCCUUGAAAGAAAAAUAUGAUGCUAUUCGUGUCCCACGCGAAAGGGGAACCACUGUGCUACUCUGGCACGCGAUCGGUACAAAUGGAAGAAUUACUGGCGCCCGCUCUACCAGUUCGAAGAUCAACGGGAGUCAAGGUGAUCAAGGUGAUCAAGCUGAUCAAAUUGUUGGAUAA